AUGGCAGCUGUAACCUCCUUUGUGGCCUGGGGUGCUGUCAGAGCACUGAGGACCCCCCUGAGCCCUGGUGUUGGUUCUGUUCAGCUGCAGAAUGAAGAGGAGCCGGGCGAGGCCGUGCCGGCGGUGAACGACGCCCCUCCGCCCUACAGCAGCAUUUCUGCAGAGAACACAGCUUACUUUGACUACAAGGAUGAGUCAGGGUUCCCGAAGCCGCCGUCCUACAACGUGGCCACCACUCUGCCCAGCUACGACGAGGCCGAGAGGACCAAGGCUGAGGCCACCAUUCCCCUGGUUCCUGGCAGGGAUGAUGACUUUGUGACACGGGAUGACUUUGAUGACACUGACCAGCUGAGGAUAGGAAAUGAUGGCAUUUUCAUGCUGACUUUCUUCAUGGCAUUCCUCUUCAACUGGAUUGGAUUUUUCCUGUCUUUCUGUCUGACUACUUCAGCUGCAGGACGAUAUGGGGCCAUUUCUGGCUUUGGUCUGUCUCUUAUUAAGUGGAUCCUUAUUGUCAGGUUUUCCACCUAUUUUCCUGGUUACUUUGAUGGCCAGUACUGGCUUUGGUGGGUCUUCCUUGUACUAGGUUUUCUGCUGUUUCUCCGAGGAUUUAUUAAUUAUGCAAAGGUUAGGAAGAUGCCAGAUACGUUUUCCACUCUUCCCAGAACCAGAGUUCUCUUUAUUUACUGAAGAUGUUUUCUGGCAAAUGUCUUCCUGCAUUAGUGAAAUCCCCCCCAAGAAGCAGCAGGACACCUGCAGGAAGUGAAUCAAGGCUCUGGAGCAGAAGAAAAAAUAAUCACCUGCUUUAAAAUAAAUAAAUAAAAGUACUGUUGGAAAAAGAAAAAAAAAAAAAAGGAGAAGCAUUUCUUUCGGUUUGUUUUUAGGUGUAAAAUUUUAAUAAUUAACGCAGAAUUCUGUAAUUGUUGACUCAUUAGUGGCUAAUGCUCUUGCAGUGAGUGUGUGGCUGCGGGUGGAGCUGCUCAGCCCGGGUUCGUGGUGCUGGGACAGCAGGAGCUGCCCAGGGGCCAGCAGGGGCCAGGCUUGCUUUGUCCUGCUGCAGCCUGGGAGCUGCUGGGCUGGGCAGAGUGACACUGUGACACCCUGUGAGUGUGACACUGUGUGACACCCUGUGAGUGUGACACUGUG